UCCAAAACCCUAGUCUCUCUCUCUCUCUUCCAAAACCCUAGUGUCUCUCUCUCUCUCUCUCUCUCUCUCUCUCUCCGUCGCUCCAAAACCCUCGCCCUUCUCCGACCCACUCCCCAUGGCCGAAGACGCCUCCACCGCCACAUCCGCCACCGCCUCCGCCGCCACCUCCGCCGCCGCCGCUGCGGCUUCCCCGAUACCGAGGCUCGCGUGGGAGGGGUGCAGCGUCCUCCUCGACGCCAACGACGGCGACCGCCUCGUCUUUGCCCGCCUCUCCCCCGCCGCGACGCUGAAGAUCGGGAACAAGAAGUGCUCCCUCGCGCCGCUCGUUGGAUGCCCCUUCGGAUCGUCGUUCCGCGUCGAGAGCGGCCCCAACGGACCAUUUCUCGAUCGCUUCGUCCCUUCUACACUCGAUAAUUGCGCGCAGGACAUUGCUGAUGGGCAGUUGACAGAUGAUCAAAAAGACAAUAGAUCGUUGGUCGACAAUAACACGGCCCAAAGCCUAUCUAGUGAUGACAUAGAUACAAUGCGGAGAGAAGGUGCGACUGGUGACAAAAUUAUUGAAGCUCUUAUUGCUAACAGCUCGACGUUUGGAAAGAAGACUGCCUUUUCACAAGAGAAAUACAAGAUAAAGAAACAGAAGAAAUACGCACCUAAAGUACUUUUGAGGCGCCCAUCUACUCGAAGCAUAUGCGAGACUUAUUUCAAGAAACAUCCGGCGCGAACAGGGUUUUUGCGCGUUGAUACACUAUCUCUCUUGUUGUCCAUGGCUAAUGUGGGUGCAUAUUCAGAUGUCCUUGUGGUUGAUAUGGUUGGAGGUUUACUUACUGGGGCCAUAGCAGAACGUUUAGGAGGUACUGGAUAUGUUUGUAGCACUUAUUUUGGAUCAGUGCCAAACCCUAUAGACAUAGUCAAAAUGUUCAAUUUCAGCAGUGGAGUGUGUAGCAGGGUUGUUCAAGCACCAUUUAAUGAUCUCUGCUCUUCGCAAAGUACUACUGACGAGCUCACCAUUAAAUCAGAUGAGAAAGCUGAUCGUGCUUCCUCAAACGAACCCUUUGUUCAAGAAGAAGAUUCUUUGUUAGAAUGUGGAGAUGAGGACAACAUUCCGGCCAUUCAGAAGUCAAUUAAACCCGGAAAGCAACCAUCACCAGAAACCAUAAAAUAUUGGAAAGAAAAUGGCUUUUCCAGUUUGAUAGUUGCUGCUCCUGAAUCGAAAGUCGGAAAAUUAGUUACCGAUCUACUCCCGCUAUUAGCAUAUUCUGCACCGUUUGCAAUUUAUCAUCAAUAUCUUCAGCCUCUUGCAACAUGCAUGCACAAACUGCAGACUUCAAGAAUGGCUGUUGGCUUGCAAAUAUCUGAGCCAUGGCUCCGUGAAUACCAGAUUCUUCCAUCGCGCACUCAUCCGCAUAUGCAAAUGAAUGCAUUUGGUGGUUACAUCUUGAGUGGGACUAGAAUUUGUAGCAGUGAGGCUUUUGAUGGAAUCAAGAAGUGACCAUCUCAAAAUCCAUGGAACAAGAAGAUGAGGGGGACCUCGUUUCGCCGAUGCGAGAUAAGGGCAUUCACAUUCUAUGCCCUUUUAUGUAGCAAUUUUAUAACAUUAUUAUAUUGUUAUUUCCAUGGUUAAAUUCAUAAUUCUUACUUGUUUGACUAGUUUCGUUUUUUUUCUUUUUUUUACAUUUAUUAUUUCUAAAUCCCGCUUGUUGAUUGUAUCAAAAUUCGCCAAUAUACAAGGGAGAUAAUCCGCGAUAAAUGAUUAAAACAUUGUUCUCUGCUUGCUAUUA